AUGAUAGCUGUAAGGAAGCCUUCUGAAUCGCUUAGAGCCGUGUUAAAAGCUUUUAGCCUUUUGUGCAAAGUUAUGGGCGUUGACGCAAUAGACCCAAAAUAUCACUUUAAUUUUUUUACAGCUUUAUCUAUAUUGUAUCUUACUGCAUAUCAUGUUUGCACGCUGUAUACUGCAUUUCAGCAUAGAGAUGACUUCGGAUUUAUGUUGCAGGUACUCUGCACUAUAGGUGCUGGCAUGCUGGGAGUUGUUAAACUAGGAACAGUCUUGAAGUAUAGCAAAAUUUUGGGAGCUAUGCGGACACUUAUUGAACACUUGUAUACUGAGUAUGAAAUGCAAGGUACUGAUUUUCGGAGAGCACUCUAUAAUAGUUGCAACAGCAGUAAAAAAAUUAUAAAAGCGGUGAGCUUCAGUUACGUUUUUUUAAUCUUCACAAUUUUGGUGCCACCAUUUUCAAUAAUGGCAAUUAACGGGCAGCGCCAGGUUAUUUUGCUGUAUGAUGUUCCUGGUUUGAAUAUUACAACUAAUUUCGGUUAUAUUACAAUAACGACUAUACAUACAAUUAACGUUAUUACUUGUGCUAUUGGAUUCUUAACAACCGAUAUAUUUGUGCUAUUAUUUUUAUCUCAAUCGUAUUUAUUUGUGAAUGUGUUUAAAGUGAAAGUUAAGGAAUUCAAUGAGUCAGUGACAUUUGCAAAAAAUCGUUUUAUUCCAGCUACUGAGAAAGCGCUAGAAGAUCUGCUCAAAUGGCAUACACUUUAUCUAAGUUACACUAGAACUUGCAACAAUAUUUUUUUCAUACCAGUCACGGUACAGGUAGUUUUAACAACGUUUUCAAUAACGUUAACACUGUAUGUCAUAUUAACCAGUUACUGGCUUGGCGCCUAUUCCUUUCUCGGUUUAAUGGCUGUUAAUUUAUAUAUUUUGUGCAUAAUGGGAACUAAGGUUGAGAAUUGUAAUGACGAAUUUUGCUUUGAGAUUUAUAACAUAUCCUGGUACAACUUAACAGUAGCUCAACAGAAAACUGUAAAACUUAUGUUAUUACAGUCGCAAUCACCAAACGUUAUCACUAUAGCAAGUGUUAUGCCAUUGUCUGUCUCUUCAGCAAUGAAGAUUACUAAAGGAAUUUAUAGCAUCUUUAUGAUGAUGGUGCAGCUUUUGGUAGAAUAG